GCCCCGCCGCGCCGCGCCGCGCCUGGGCCAGCGCUUCCCCGCGGCAAGUCCCGAGCCCCGGCCCAUGGAGCAGCUGCUGCGCGCCGAGCUGCGCACCGCGACCCUGCGGGCCUUCGGCAGCCCCGGCGGCGGCUGCAUCAGCGAGGGCCGAGCCUACGACACGGACGCGGGCCCCGUGUUCGUCAAAGUCAACCGCAGGACGCAGGUGCCGGCCCGUGGGCUCGCGGGGCUCUGCGCCGCCUGGGGAGGCGGAGGGGCCGGGCGGGCGCAUUUCCCCGGGCUGGGCCUGGUGGGGUCAGCUUCGGCGCUGCGGUCUGGCCCCUGCGGGGAGCGCGGCUCCAGCGUCCUCCGAAGCUUUCGGCACCACCGUUGCCUUCCCUUGGCCUCCAUGCGCGGCGCACAGGCUUCUGGGGGUGGCUUUAAUUUUUCUAUCCAUCAAGCAUGCAGGGAGGGCCUGGUGCGAGUGCCCCGGCCCAUGAAGGUCAUCGACUUGCCAGGAGGUGGGGCCGUCUUUGUGAUGGAGCAUUUGAAGAUGAGGAGCUUGAGCAGUCAAGCAUCAAAACUUGGAGACCAGAUGGCAGAUUUGCACCUUUACAACCAGAAGCUCAGGGAGAAGUUGAAGAAGGAGGAGAACACAGUGGGCCGAAGAAGUGAGGGUGCUGAGCCUCAGUAUGUGACCAAGUUCGGCUUCCACACGGUGACAUGCUGUGGCUUCAUCCCACAGGUGAAUGAAUGGCAGGAUGACUGGCCCACCUUUUUCGCCCGGCACCGGCUCCAGGCGCAGCUGGACCUCAUCGAGAAGGACUAUGCUGACCGAGAGGCACGAGAACUCUGGUCCCGGCUACAGGUGAAGAUCCCGGAUCUGUUUUGCGGCCUGGAGAUUAUCCCUGCCUUGCUCCAUGGGGAUCUCUGGUCGGGAAACGUGGCUGAGGACGACGCGGGGCCCAUUAUUUACGACCCGGCUUCCUUCUAUGGCCAUUCCGAGUUUGAACUGGCAAUCGCCUUGAUGUUUGGGGGGUUUCCCAGGUCCUUCUUCACCGCGUACCACCGGAAGAUCCCCAAGGCUCCCGGCUUCGACCAGCGGCAGCUGCUCUACCAGCUCUUUAACUACCUGAACCACUGGAACCACUUCGGGCGGGAGUACAGGAGCCCUUCGCUGGGCACCAUGCGGAGGCUGCUCAAGUAGCGGACCCCGCCCCUGACCACUGCCCCGGCCCCCCUCUCUUCCCCCGCCCCUGCCCCCUUCCCCUGCCCGCGUCCAGGUCCCCCUUCCCUCUGCUCCCUGCCCCUUCCAGAUGCAGGGGGACAAUAAAGUCCACAGCGGGCCUCGGCUGGCAUCCCGCACCUCCGUGCUCCGCGCGUGGGGCUGCUUUCAGGCGAA